AUGCUCGUCAAGGAAUGUCCUCCAGAAUCAACAGAACUCUCAAUUAUUAUCCACGGUUGGACUGAAAGUUACCAAAAAACGCUUUGGGUGCCCGAUUUCAUGUCAAAUUUGACGGAAGCUCGCAAAGGAUGCCAUCUUUUCAUGGAUUACAGCAAAUACGCCGCUGCCGAUUACGGAACUUUGGUGAUAAACUUUAAGUACAUCAUGCCGGCACUCGUGAACCAAUUCAAAAUUCUCUUUGAUGAUCACGGCUACGAUGGAAAAAAAGCAUUUAUCUUCGGAUUUAGCUACGGAGCACAUUUGGCAGUACAAAGUUCUCACAAAUUUGGAAUGAGACGAAUUGGAAGAAUUGAUGUUUGUGAUCCCGCUGGCCCAAGUUUCUUCGGAGACAUUGAUUUGGCUUUAAAAUAUUCUUUGGCGGCGGAUUAUGUGCAAUGUAUCCACACGAGUAUCGAUAAAGGAACAUAUCAGAGAUAUUGCCCAUUUUCGUGGAAUAUGGGAAGUUGUGGACACUUGCAAGAGGCAGCUACAGUUCCUCCGCGUAUGAGUCACGGAUUGUGUCCAUAUAUCUACACAAGUGCCUUCAAAAAUGACUUUAAAGCGGUGCCAAAUAAAAGAUUGUGCGCAACUACCAAAGCUGGAGAGGUUAAAGAAGGCUUGGUGAUGGGAUAUCGCAUGAACUUUACUUUAGUAGGAGCGGGCGAAUUUUAUGCUGACACCAGUAAGAAACCAACGUUUAAUUGA